AUGCUUCUACAUUCAAUUGGUUGUCGUGUAUUGGAAUAUUGUUAUAAUGAUAUUUGUAAUUCAGCAGAACGUUUUCAACUUGUUCAAGAAUUUUAUGGUCGAGAAUAUGCCGUUCUUAAAACAAGUGAUGUUAAAAAUAUUGAAGAAUUACUUGCAAAUAAAACAGCUACUGGUCAACGUACAAAUGUACUUGAUUAUAUGCAGGAAAAUCUUAUGGCUUGUAUUCAAAAGGAUCUAUUGAGUGCAUCAAUUAUUCAUCGAGUUAUGCAUGAAUAUUUACGAAAUGCUAAUGAAAAAGGCCGAACAGAAUUAAUUGAUGCAGUAAAAGAAAAAUUAAUUAAAAUGAUUCAUAGUCGUGAUGGUGCACGUGUUGCAAUUUAUUGUUUAUGGUAUGGAACAAAUAAAGAUCGAAAAUUAUUAAUAAAAAGUUUAAAAUCAUUUGUGGUUAAAAUAGCAAAAGAAGAACAAGGUUAUCCUGUAUUAUGGACUAUAUUUGAUGUUAUUGAUGAUACAAAACUUGUUUCAAAAAUUAUUUUACAAGAAUUAAUGUCGAAUUUUGAUGAGAUAAUCAAUGAUUCACAUGGUAAAAAAGUACUUAUGUAUUUAAUUGCACCGCGUAAUACUAAACAUUUACAAUAUGAACUUAUUCAAUUGAUGAAAACAAGUGAUUCAUUAAAUACUAGUAAAAAAGAUCCUGAUGUUCGACAACGUGAAUUAUUUGAGUACUGCAAAUCAUAUUUUUUGGAAUAUUUUACAGCCAAUAGUCUUACAACAUUAAAAGAUGGUUUUCGAGGUUUUAUGAUGACUGAAAUGAUUGAAAGACUUUCGCCUGAUGAUGAUCUAUCAUCAUUUUAUACAUCAAUAAGUACAGUAUUGAGUACAUCAUCUGUUGAAGCUCAAUCAGAAACAAAUUUUAUUGAACAUCAAACUGCUCAUAAUGUUUUAAGACAUUUAAUUAUAGCUGAUGGAAAAAGACAGAAAAAGAAUAAACAUGAUCAAACACUUGUAUCAACAUUACUAUCAUCAAUUUCACCCGAUAAACUACGUACAUGGAUAUUAUGUAAUCGUGGUUGUUUCAUUUUUGUCAUGAUGCUCGAACAUGGUCAACCUGAUGAAUGUGAACAAAUUCGAUCACUUCUUGUACCAUCUGCUAUUGAUACACUCAAACGGCAAGCAUUUGCUGGAGCUAAAAUCCUUGUUGAAAAAUUGUUAUCUUCUUCUUGA